CAGCAGGUGGUGCGGAACAGAUGGUGCUGAGGCGGCCUGGAGGAUGGACUUUAUAGGCUCCUGCCUGGAGGUGGGAGCGGCCGAGCAGCCAGUCAGGAGGAACCACCCUGCUGGGUUCAUGCAUGUGUGACAGAAGAAUCGAGCCGUUCCCUUCAGUUCACUUCAUUGUACAGUUGUAAAACACCUUCUUUCAUCAACAACUUAAGUAAAAGAUUCCUUGUACAGAAAAUAAGGGAUCACAUGAGAAACGAUCAAAGACAUCCUUUGCACCCACCCUGGCAGGGAACAAAGGCAGUGGAAUGUAAAGUCACAAAGGCAGUGUCCACCUCAGCUGCCUCCACCUCUGCUGCUGAAAUUCGACUAAAGAGUCAUCACCUACCUUUCUGUGUAGCCCUCAGAUAUGUGAUUCCCCUGACCAAACACUCCUGCGAAUAUCGUGCAACAAGGUUAUCUCUUGGAUCUGUGUGGGAGUAACAUGACAUCUAGAAACAGGCUCGAUGGCAUUCCUGGUUUGCAGAAAUAAUCUGUCCCAGACACUCAGAACGGAACUGCCUGCAACGCCCUGACAGUGGUUGUUUUUCCAGGACUUCCAACUACAUACAGUAUUAAUCGCUGUCAUCAUCAUCGCUGUCCUCUUGCCAACUGGUGGCCACCUUACUGAGAGGGUGUGGGAGUGUGAUGAUGGGGCCUGCUGAUGAUGACCUGGGACACAGUGGGAAGGAGAAAGUGUUAACCAGCUCUCUGUAGAGGAAUGUGGCUAAGCUGUGGGGAGUAGUGGAUUGACUUGGCGUGACCAGGAGAACAGACUGAGGGACUUUUGCUGCCACGUUACUACAUUCACUGUGCUUUAUUCUUGGAAGGCCACGUUGCCUCAGGUCUCCACGGACUUGCUGCAGGACUCCAGUCACACCAUGUUUGGUCUGAAUGCCCACUUGAAGGGCUUCCUGGAGCAGGUGAACAGGCUGCAGGAGGCCAACCAGCGGCUGGAGGCCCAGAUAGCCGACUGGAGUGUCAGGAGGUCCUCACGCUCUCAGGACUGGUCCCGACAGGAGCAGACUGUGAAAGAGCUCCGUGCCCAGGUUGGUAAACUACUGAUGGAGAAUGCCCAGCUGGCAUUACAGUCUGACAGCAUGAAGUCCAGAGCUGCUGCCAUCCAGGCCAGGUGUGAGGCAGAGGAGCAUAACACCUGGUGUCUGGAGCAACAGGUGGCGAUGCUCAGGGACUCAAAGAGGAAGGCAGAGCAGAGCAGCGUGACGCUGCAGGAGGAGCUUCGCCACUCCAUGACAGAGCUGCAGGAGAUGAACCAGGAGUUUGAGGCAGCCCGGGCUCUGCAGCUGCAGCGGGCCGACUCCUGCGAUGCUCUGUUAGCAACAACUACAGCAGCAGCAGCAACAGCAGGAGGGGAGGAAGAGGAUGGCACAGGGAUGGAGCUCACCCAGCUCCUCAACCGAAUCAGAGCGCAGUGCGACCUGAGCAGACUUCCCAGCCCGGGCUCAAAUCCACUCCCAGGCUCGGCCGGGCCUAGCCGCUCUGAAGCUGGAGCAGCAGCAGCAUCAGCAACCCGAACACACGGAGCAGCUCUCAGUGAGGAGGAAGCAGCGUGGGCGCAGGUGAGCCUUGGCGGCACUGCACUGAGGGAGGCGCGGGCUGAGCUAGCUGAGGCCAGGAAGCAGUGGCACUCCCUCCAGGUGGAGAUUGAGACCCUACAUGCCUUGGAGAAAGGCCUGGAGAGCUCCCUGCAGAACACCCAACAGCUGUACUCAAACCAGCUGCAGGACCUUUCCCAGGUGAUUGCUGGGCUGGAGAGUGAGCUGGAGCAGGUGAGGAGUGGUCUGGCCACCCAGCGCGAGCGCCACAGCCAGCUGCUCAACACCAAGAUGAGGCUAGAGCGAGAGAUUGCCACUUACAGACGUCUGCUGGAGCGUGAAGAGGGCAGGUACAUGGGCCGUAAUGGGCAGCCAAUGGGUUUGCGGCCCUGGAGGUCUUCUGUGGUGAAGCCGAAGGAAAACGGGCUCGAGAACGACUUCAGUGACCUUGCUAUUACUCCAGACGAACCCAAGUCAGAGCCCCUGCCUGAAAUCCCUUCACUCCUCCCAGCAGACAAUGGGCUAAAGAAAAGCUCGAUACUCCAUAGACAGCAAAGCCUUGUGAUACUCACAGAGCCAGAGCAAGAUAAAGACUUGCCCAUCUCCACUGUGAAGACUCAGGAGAUUCUUCAGGGCAAUGUGGUGCGGGAGAGCGCAGAGGGUCACGGCACCAUUGAAACAGAGAAGAUUGACAAGGUGAUAAAGCAGUGGGAGGGCUCAUUCUUCAGAGGGAAUCCUAAGCUCAGGAAGAAGUCUGUGUCGCUGCGCUUUGACCUGCACAUGGCCGCAGCAGAUGAGGGGUGUGCCCAGACUAAACAGGACAGCCUCCCAGACGUGGAGGUGCGUCUCAUCAUGAAGAGAUCACGCAGCAUCCCAACUAUCACACAGUAACUCUGUUGGUGGUUGGACCGAGUCAACACUGGUUUCCCCUGUUGCAGCUGUCUGUGGUAACACUGGUGAUGUGUCAUUAACAUCUGGGUUAUUACCAUCCCGUUAUGCUUGAUAUGAAUUUCAAUUUACAUCAUUCAUAAAUAUCCUACUCAAAACUUUGCAUCACAACUGAUUUUUCUCAAAUCAAAUCUUCACUCUGGCAGGAUAAGCAUCACCCAUCGGGCUUUUGUGCUAAUCUAAUGGGGCCAUUUUUAUAGAGUAUACAAUAUAGCAGACCUACCUUCACUACAUUACACAGGAUAACAGUUUAAUGUAAACAUAUUUCUCCAUCAUCAUUCUAGAUGAAGAAAAAGUGUGUGUCAUUCUUUCAGUAUGAGGUCACAGGUCAAAAGAGAUUAUAUCGACUAUAUGACUCAGUUUAACUACGGCAUUGAAUUCUAAUUAACACUUGGUACAGGUGGCUGAGUGCAAAGAUAGAUGGAGAUAAAUGGAAGCGAGGAGUCACAGAGCUCUAUGACCUGAUGGGGACUAUUUGAGGGUGGAUUAUUUUGUAGUUUUUCUGUAAGGGACUGUAUGAAAAUGAUUAGUCUCAGAAGUUAUUAGACUCAGAAAUUUUGGGGGGAGAGUGUAACAUCAUUUGUCAGUAUCAUACAGCAGCUCACACCUUCACUUUAUUCUGCAUCUUAACAGAAGGCAGAACUACAGUAAAAUAAAGUGUCUUUAAAAAUGUAAAUGUGCCAUAUAAAACGACAGUGACAGUAAUUUGGGCAAUUGCUCAUUCCACUUCUAUGUGAAAAUGAUUAUUCCGUUAACAUAUUAAAGGGAAACUUAGGUAUUUUUCAACAUCUUUUUCCCAUCUUUUUGUGUCUAAGUGACUAAUGGGGACAACAAUUUUUGAAAUUGGUCUAGUAUUGAGCGAGAGCGCUUCAGCUAGCAGUAGCGAAACAGGCUGUAAUGUAAUCUGGAUAAAUAUUCAGCCAUGACAGAGUUGGAGAGAGGAGUGCUGGGAGGAGUUUGUUGUGUUGGAGUACAGAAAGCAUAGCUUAGUGUUAUCUAAAAAGAUUUUCAAAGUCAUGGCUGAAUAUUUAGCUGUUUUCGACAAGAACUCAACUCUCACAAGAUUUCUCACCAAUACUUCUUGAGUGAGACUUGGUUAGACACAAUAAAGAACAGACUGGAUCAAGCGAAAGGUAAAGAAAAAAGUUUUAUUUCUCUGUGGGGUCCUUUCCGUGAUGUUGUCAGAAACUUAUAAUAACAAUCUGAGCCUGCCAGUGGCAAAAACAACUAGUUUUAGUGGACAUACAUUGACGGGGCCAUGAGGGUUGAACGUUGAAAAAUACCAAAGUUUCCUUUAAGAUUUAAUUUGGAAUACACCAUCUUAAUAUCUUUGUGCACUCUCAGUUAUUAAUGGCAAUAUCAAUUGUAUUAAUUCAAUAUUACAUUGAGACAUUGUCGGGAGGGUGUUGCAAUUUACCUUCUAGUCAAUGGAAGGGUCAAAUACAAAUAUUAAUAACACUGGAGAGGGCUUUGUUUUGUUUUUUUAAAGUGAAACAUAAUGUUCAUCCCCCCUCCCCACCCCAAUAACUUUCAUACAGUCCCUAAAUACUUGCACUGCAGACAUAUACAGCACUUAGAAGAACAUCAGCACUGAGAGGUAUUCAGAAUGUGUGUACUUUGAGGGUCUUUUGUUAUUGCAGUUUAUUCUCUAUGUGGAGAAAAAAAAUCUUGCGGCUCAUACUGAUAAUGUAGGCUAUAUUUUACGAAGCAUUAUCUAAAAUAAACUGCUCACUGUGAUCUUAUUAGCAGUGAGGCUCAGAGCACUCAUCAUGUCUCCGAGAAUUUAGAUUCCCCGUCUUAACCAGAGGAGGGCAGUAUUUGUAAAUAGUUAACACUGCAGUGUAUAUUCAAUGCUGAACUGUGUAACACAUGCUAUCUGUUACACCUUAAAAUAAGAGUUUUUAUGCUAAGUUUUGAGUCGGCACCAAAGAUAUUGAAAAUAAGAAAUGGACCAUUGUGCAUUGCAUUUAGGUGCCUGAGAAUAUGUUGAGAAUAUUUAAAGAUAUUAUCUAUGCAGUUCUGUGCUUGAUUUUGCUUUGCUUCAUGAAGCACACUCUUCAUUUUGGGAGCUCUGUAACUUCAGAAUGAAGUAUUAUGCUUUUA